AUAACCACUUGUGACUAUUUGCGUCUCUAAGAGAAUUUGAGUGAUGCGUACGAAGUGACUUUAGAUUUGGAUUUACAUCUCUUCUCUUCGGCUUAGACGAAAUUUAUGCCUUAGAAAACUAGUUUCGGUACAGAUUAGAGUGUUGGCAAAUUACACGCCAGGUUUUAAAAUGAGAAUGUUGCUGAAGCUUUGUAUUCAUGGAUGUUUACUGUAAAUAUUUUGGUUAGGAAUGACGCCCGUGAAUGUGAACACCGGAUAUUUGUAGUUUCUUGGUUUUCCUGACGUAUUGUCUAAUGGAUUCGUUUGCCAAUAGUGAUGAUACUCUUCUAGAAGGAGAUUUAGGAGACGAUGUUGAUUACGAUUUAGGGAAUGAAGAUGAAGAUGCGUUACUGGCAGAUGAUUAUGAUGUACAAGGUUCAAGUCACCGUUCAGUUUAUUUAGAAGAACAAGAGGUGUUGGAAGGCCAGGAUGGAUAUCGCCGGGAGACAGAAGAACCGUUUGAUGAUGUUUUGGAUUUGGGCGUCACAGAAGGUGAUGCACUGGAUGAUUUGGAUUCUGAGCCUCAGGAAACUCAAGAACCAGUCAGAGGUGAGAAGCUGAGGCACGCGAAGGAUCCGAAUGUUCUGCACCGUACAGAUCACCAGAAUCAGGCAGGUCCGAAGGACACAUCUUAUGUGUCUCAGAGUAAAAGGUAUGUGGAGGGGGAAGAUCUGGCUGUGAAUCAAGGUGCCACUCAGGUAGAAUCUGAAGAAGAAGAAGAAGGCACAGAGGAGUCUAGAGGAGACCGCUUUAAGACGGAGCGGACCACCAUCGUGUCCCUCAAAGCAUCAAACAAGUCUUACGGAAACAUUCCAGAUUCACUGGACAAUGUGUGUGUGGAAGAUGCUAAGCAGAUGGCAAGAAGGGAUGGAACAUGGAGAGGAGGACGCAGGGGUAGAGGAGGGUUUGUAGGACGUGGUGGGGGUCCACGACCACAGUUUCCAGUAGGGGCUGGCAAUUUAAAUAUUCAUCCACUUCAGCAGCAACAGCAGGGGUUUGUUGGGCCCCGUUUUGGGCCAGGCAACUUCGUGCACCCAGCUGCUCGUCCAGGUGCCAGAGGAGGCAUGUACGGUCGACCCCAGUUGAAUCAGCAGCAGUCACCUCACAAGAUUCUCAUCAAUCCGCACUUCAGAGGGGCCGUGCAACCGCAUCCUGAAGCAAGACUGAUCUGGGAUACUGAGAUGCCAGCUAACCAAACCCUGCUGCAGUCACAACCACAGGCACUGAUGCCAGUUCAGCCUUUGGAACCUGCUUACCAGACCGCGCCACCUGGAGGUGGGUACGCAGGGCAGCAGUUUCAGCCGCCAUCUCAACAUGAUCCCCACCAAAUGGCACCACCUCUGCGUUAUGACUCGCCUUCACAGCAAGGGGGCUAUUACCACAUGGAACAGCCCUAUGCACAUUUCUUUCAGGAGCAAUGUAGUACUCUGCACUGGCAGGACAGUCGUGAUCCACUGCAGCAAGUGGGUGGUGACAUGUACGCACAGCCGACAUCAGUCCCGAUCGGCAUGGAGUCUAACAUGCAACACAGCCCCGUGUUUCACCAUCCUAACCACGGGAUGGGAGAGCCGAGCAUAAACCACGGCCAGCAUGUGUUUGGAGGAGGAAUGAUGCAGUACGAGACUGUGUCACAGCAGCAGGGAAUGUUUCACGAGGCAUUGCCUCCCCAGCAACAUUACCAUCCUCCGCCAUCAGCGGUGUCUCCGGGUAAUCACCAUCCCCCACCGCCAGUGAUGAUGGAGGCGAAUGUGUGGCACUGUGCUACAGAUGGCAGCACUGAUGAUAGCUUGCAACUUGUAUCAGCCACUCAUCCUGUACCAUCACAGUAUCACAGUCAGGGAAUAUAUCGGUUACCACCGCCAAGUGGAGCCCCGGGUCCCAUGAAAUUUCGUCAGCCUGGCCCAGUCCCGUAUCGUCAUCCAGCCGGCCCCGGCUACGUGAAUCAGGGUGGCAGAUCAUCUCGGGCAGUAUCUCGAUUCCCUCCUGGCAUACAGAUGAAUGUUCAGCAGCAGCAGAUCCAGUUGAGACACCCCCCCAGUGGCCCUGUGCACCAGCAGAACUUACUGCAGCAGCCAGUCCGAUCGCCUAAAAAGAGGUCUUCGUUCGACGCAGGUGCUGGAGGGAAUACCCAGUUCAAACAAGUUCGUUUUGAUGUAGCAGCUAAAAGAAAGAAGAGAAUGCCAGAUAUGAGCAAUCUACAUGAGGUUCAAACUGUGGACAUGCUGCCAUCUGACAUGAACUCCGAGGUACUUCAGCCUGAGGAAGAGGAGGACGAGGAGACGCGAGAGUACCGUAAGAAGAUCGAGCAGCAGAAGCAGGAGCGGGAGAAGUUCCUUCAGCUGAAGGAGGAGAGGCGCAAGUUGGCAGCUCUGGAGAAGCUGCGUGAAUUGCAGAGGAAGGAUGUGGAUAUUCAAGCAGGAGGUGAUGCUUCCAAAUUUGUGUUGGACCCCCCACAGGGCAACGCAAUUGCGACGAUCGUGAACCGCAACACUGUGGAGCCCCAGCCUGUGAUACAUCACCCAGUAGUUCGCCAAGUUGUCCAGCAACAGAUGCCACAGCAGAACAUUCAGGCUCAGAAUUUGAAGAACCGCGUCAGCGCUCAGCAACAGCCACAGCUGUACCAGGAUGCGGAGCUGCCACUAGCACCACCCGUGCUUACAUCAGUUGGUGGUGGUGUGAGACAGGUUAGGGGUGGAAGGGGUGCAGGUAGGGGACGUGGUAUUGGCAGGGGUCAUCAGGGAUUGACAACUCAGCAGCAGCAGCAGCAGCAGGUGGUUGCGCUACCACCGCAGCAGAUGAAGGUUUUGCCCGCGGGACAAAGAAUCGUCCGAGCCCCGCAGCCCGGCAAUGUAGUGAACCAGCCAGCUACAACACCACGUAGACUGGUGCUUGCACAGAGCUCUGGUCACCAGGUGGCGGCAGUGCCUCGACAGGUGAUACAGCAACCUUCAAGGGCAUGUACCGUGGUGCUUCGUGGAGCAAACAGCGGAGUGAAGCCAGUUCAGCAGCAGCAGCCGCAGCAGAGGAUUGUAGUGCAGCAGCAAGGGGUUCCAACCCGACAAACUGGCGGUGGUCGAUCAGUUGUGACGACAAAAGUGACGCCCCCACAGCAACAGGACGUAGGGACUCAGCAGCCGGUGCUGCCCAGAACCAAGGUGGUGUCUGUCGAGAACUUGGCAGCGAGCACAACUGAGCAGCAGCUGAAGACACUCUGCCAAGGCAUUGGGGUCCUUGAGAAUAUUCAGAUGUUGCCAAAGCAGCGACGUGCCGUUCUCAGGUUUACGAACCCGACGUCAGCGGCUACAUUCUACAAACGCUACCAGCGUAAAAUCAUUGACCUCUCGUUGAUCUCUGUAUCCCUCGUAACUCAGUAAUUCUCACGAGCCUGUUGCUAUCUCAAAGAGAAUAUAGAAAUUUUUGGCAGUCAUCGUUGCCUCUACUUGACGAAGUAUUUGAACAGACAGGCAGCCAAUGUGGCUGUUGUUUUGUGUCUGCUCUCAGUGUUGCAUUUACUUCUCAUAUAUAAAUAUAUAUGUAUAUAUGGAGCUCUGACAGUCUUCAUAAAACUCUGCUAUCGCUCGCUGUCAUCUGAUUUGUGGACUGAAUCGUUAGCUCUGAUUUGGUCCAUGCCCCUGCUGUGUGUUCCAGGGUCUAAUUUCUUCUGCCAUUAUUCGCUGUUAUCGGGAUAUCUGUUACCGAACAGUGAAUUCUACGUUCCUCCCGGCGUAGUUAGCGUCUGAAGAUGCGGGGUUCCUCAGAAUAAUAUGAACCAAUUAUUUACCGUUAUUUUGUGUUGUAUUCGUAGGAGAAUGGAGGCUUUUGUCUUUUUAGACAAUGAGAAAAAAGAAACAGAUUUGAAUUUUAUUAGUAAUUCUAAUAUUGUCCGUGAUAUGAAUUUAUAUGGUGAAGUUUCCGUCAAACCACUGUGUCAUAAAUCACUUGUAUAGGGGAAGAAUACAAAUGAAAAUACAGAGCAAUAAUGAGAGGAUGUCGGUCAGUAAGAUGUUUAUGUCGCAUGUUCCCAGCUUUCCCAUUUGAUAAGGGCGUGUGCAAUUAUUACCAGGUGUAAGAAAUGAAUUUGCAAAUCUUAAGAUACGUUACAUGCAGAAUUCUAAUAAGUCAGAAGGUUUUCUGCGUGUAACGUGGCAGGAAUUUGAAGCACGAGUUGUUCAUAUUUAUGAACGGAAUGUUAUUUUAUCACACAAACACUGGCGUGCCGUAGGAGAAUUACCAGGGAAGGAAAGUGUGAUUGUAAAAGAACGAACAAGAUCAGAAAUACUUUGUGAAAAUAUUUCCUUAGAUUAAUGGUUAACGCAACGGUUUUUUAUUUGGAUGCCGAGUCGCUGCCAUGGGCAGGGAAUUUAUAAAGCAGAACAGUUUUCCUUUUGGUUUACAAUGUUUUUAAGUUUUUAACUUCUUUCUCUUGUUAGUUCUUUGUGUUUUCCAAAUAUCUCGCAGAUCGUGCCGUGUGUGGUCUUCUCUUUAGUCCGUAUUAUUUUAAUCACAUUUUGACUGCUUGUACUUUUUUAUGUCUCUUAACUUUCUACAUUCCUGUUUUGGGAGCACGGCCAUUUAUUUUGGCCCGUACCCACCGGCGCACGGUCCCGUUUAAUACGCCCCUAGACUGACGGCGCUGUGUGUUCAGAAGCCGCAAAGAAAUAUUGCGAAGGCUUCGGUAAUCAUGUUGCGGUGGAAGAGAGUGUACAGAAAACCAGUGUUACUUGUUUACGGUGUUCUGACGUUCUCUGUCCUCGUCUUCACUCGACGGAGACGGUUGUGGUUAUGCAGAUUACCAGACUGAAUCCAAAUUAAUGAAAUUUUUUUGUAAUGCAAAAGAUCUACUAAAAUAUAAAAGUAUAAAAAUUCAUGCUAACCAGCGCUGUUUAUAUUCAUAGAAUUACAGAGAUGUAAGUUUUGGGAACACCAAAUGACGGACAGCGGUUUUCUCUUGCUGUGUAAGAGAUGGUCAGUGACCCAUGUUCAUUGCAAGGCUAAUUGUGUGUGUAAAGUUUAAUGAUGAAAUGUGUAACUUUCAUGUAUUGUGGAAUGCAUUCCAUGCCUCCACUGUAUGGAUUUGCAUUCGUUUACGAUCUAUUAACGUACGACUAACCGUGGAUUAUUCGCGAGUAUUUAAAGAAAAUGUGGCCGCGUGUCAAUGCCUAAGAGAGUCUGGCGUCAUGCAGGGCUUACUCUGUUAUUUUCAGAAUAAAUUAGUGUUAAUUGGUUUCAGUUUGUGCUCAUUAAUAGUUCUCACAUAUGCCCCUGUGAACUUUGAGCACUUUUCAAUUUUCACUCCGACUUUCUGUGUUUCUCACGGACUGCGCUCAUCUCUUUUAAAAUGCAUUUUCUUUGGAUGCUGCUUUGUUAAUCGUUCCAAGGUUUGGUAUGACCCGUACUCGUACGUGGAUAUCCUAUGUAAUUGUAGGCAAUGUUUUGUUCCGUGGCCACUGUUAGGUACGUAAUUAAGGCAAUUUACUUCUUUUUAAUACCACGUAAGCAAACAGAUGGGCUAAUAUCAUCGAGUGUUUUGUUAUUUUAAUUGUGUUUUAGUGAUUGUGUUCUUUCUCUCAUGCUUGAAAUCAAGCAAAAUGGACGACUCAAGGAAUUGUAGACUUUUUAAAAAAAACUUUGCAUAAAUAAAGGAUUCAAAGUUUAUUCUGUAAAAGAUUUUGUUUUGAUCCUUUUCAAAAUACAAUAAUUUACAAAGUCUGUGAGUGGUUACGCAUGAGACUGCGUUCUGUAUGCGUAGUUUAGAAUUUUAAAUUUCCUUUUUAAAUGAGACAUGGUGCCAGUGCUGUUUCGAAGCGCCGUGUUCAUCGUAAGGCAAUUGUGUGCCUGUGACUUACAAAUGUUGUAUGUUCGUGUCUGCUUUUCACGGCGGAUUCUUUCACCGCCUUUUAGACUGUUUAGAAAUUUAGUUAUCUAUUGCCCGAUUGUGAUGUAGCGCAUCAAUUCGUGAGACUGGACGUAGCUUAGUCAGUUUACUUUGAAGCUGCCCAAGCAAAUUAUGAGAUAAUUAUUCCUAAUGAUUGGGAGUCAUCACAUCUCAAUUAGCCUUGCAGUAAAAGAAUAUUUGCAGCACAAACUGUGAUAUGCGAUCUGUGAUGUGACUAAUCCGAAGAAUAUAAGUUGGCCUGCCUUGCAUUUAGUCAUGUUAAACAUUUUUAUUGUCUUACUGAUUGUUGUGUUUAUUAUAGUUUUAACGUGCAAGAGACCUCAUUUUUGGGUUUUAUGUUAAAAAUACGUAACUGCCACUAAAUCAGAUUUUGUCAUAGAUUACGUAGUAUUGUUUUACGAACAAGGUAUUUUCUAUUUAAGGUACAAUUAAAAGCUGGUGACAGUUUGUACAUUUAUAUUUUGUGAUGAGAUUUGUGGUUGAUGAGACUGAGGAAAAACUCAGGAAUUUCUAGUUUUCGGAGACGUACAGUAUUUUACGUGCGGAGCAGAGCUGCGGUGCUCCCGCUGAAUUUGUACGGUUGUCCCUGUUUACAUUAGCUUCGUUAAUUUGUGCACAGUGUUUAAUUUGUGCUGUGUCGACAACGUACCCUAAUGAUAUCAACUUAUCUCGUGCACUGUCAGGCAUUUAAGUGUGCGCAUUUAUUAAAUGUUGGGGCUUCAAGCCUAUGCGCUGGGUUUUUCGAUUUUUGAAGAAAAUUAUAUAGUUUGCAAAUUUAAGAAAAGAACUGAUUUUUUUUUUUACAUUACCUUCAUCUGGUUGUAUCACUAACGUAGAUUUUCGAAGUACAUUUGUUUUUCUAAUUGCUUAGUUCAUUAUAUAAUUAAUUUAUUUUUUAACUCUGGGAACUCAUUAGUUGAACGGUCUCCGUGUUGUAAAAGUUGAGCAAACAGCACAAAGUAAGCGCUGUCUGGUAACUCUGUUGGCCGUGGGUACGAACUAGUAUAAACUGAAGGAACGUUCAAUAUGUCUCAAUAGGGCAGUUGGUCCUCUAGCCAUUUCAUUUAAAUGCGCUCGUUCCACUCUGGCGUGUGGCUGUCAUAUACCAUUUUUCUUGCAAAAAUUUUUAAUUUACAUGCACCUUUGAUCCAUCGUGUGUACUCAGUCACCUGUUCAGCUCAGUCUGACAUAAAACACUCGGUGAGAAACCGAAAAUCUUUUAACGUACCGUUUCGUCCAUCUGGUCUGUCGUUGCGAGGCCUCGGCGCCCAACCUCGUCAGUUUCAGUCACGUUCUCACCCGUGUCUUGAUCUCUGUGCUAACCUGCUUGGUUUGAUCACGUCUUCCGCUGCCCUGUCGAGACUGUAAUAACGCGCUCAUUGGACGAGAGCUCCGGUAAAUGAUGGACCAGAGCAGAAACUCGCGUGUGACUGAAAUUCGGUCCGGUCGGCAGUGACGAAAUGCCACCGCGUUGUCUUCGGGAUCCGAAUGCGCAGUCACGCUACUUUCGCAGCGUCUUUGGAUGAAAUGGAUUACGACUAAUGUAAAUAGGGACUGAGUCUGUGAAAUGUAAAGUGCCUUGUGAUUUUGUUAAGUUUUGUAAUGAAAGCUUUAAUGUGAAUAUUGUUAAACAGCGGCAUUCGGACUGACGACCACAGUGCUUACUGCUAGAGGCUGCAUAGUAGUGCCGUCUCUUAACUUAUUUAUGAUUUACGCGAAUUAGAAAACCAGUCGUGAGAUUCUCGCUUCUUUGCCUUUGGUCUAGCCGAAUUGUUCGUAUAUUUUAAUUUUUGCUUCGGGGCUGUCGCAGUGGAGGUUCCGUUGAUCGUUGUUUCGAUUUGGUUCCAGUUUAGGUUGACUUUUAAGGGACUCUGCUCUGGUGGACUGAAGGUCCAGUCGUCAGGCGCCCGUGUUGCCAUCUGCAGAGCGUUGAUAUACCAACGAGGCUGUUGUUGGCUUGCCUCGUUGUGUAAAGAUUUCUGAUGAAACUGUAAAGUGUUGGUGUUUUGGGACGUGUGGGAGUUGUAGUAUCAGACGGGGCUCGUUGUAACUCGGAAGCAGAUUGACGCCUUCGUUAUCGAUAAACUGCAUCGAGCGUCGAAGAUAUUCCUAUGUUUCAGCAGAUAUUUGCGUGGUCAUCUUCAGGGUGGUGAGGGCGAGAUGCUGUCAGGCGGAGAGCCACCGUGUCAUUUGAUGAAACAGGCGAUGAGUAACUGAUGAUUUCUCGCCGUCAAGUGUGAGGAUAGCGACUCUUUUCUCAGAUGUCGUGCCAUGUAGUCUGGUAGAAAUCGACUAACAUUUCAGAGGUGCUUACUGCGUGCAUCUUCAGGGUGAUUAUGCAUUAUCCCAGGAGGCAGUCAUCGUCAGGUUAUGGAUAAAGCUAAGAGUGACGACGUUGUUCACUCUGAAGAUGGAAGCUGCUGUACCUGGCGGAACAUUUGGUGGCCUUCAGUAAAUGGCCCAGGUUAUGAGCUUGACGUGGAAGGCGGAGUUAGUCAUUAAUCUGUAGCCAUGGAAACCAGAAGACAUCCAGUGUACCGCCUACAGAUUCUUCUUCUUUGAUACCCCGGGAGCAAAUAGUGGUCCAAGAGGUUCUUUUUCCUGUGUGGUGCCGGUGUUUAAAUUUUCUUCGGUGGCAAGUGGACGUCGUCACUGCUCUCGGAAGAGAUCAGCUGCGCUGUUGAAUAAAGUUCAUUGAAUUUACUGGCAAGGAAGCAUUUGAAUACUCAGGAUGCAGACCAUUGCUAUCUCCUGUAGCACUAAGCACUGACGCGUCGUUCGGUCGAUAUUACGUCGCAGCGUGCUACUGCCUUACUCUGUGAUACAGGAACGCUGGUCCGUCGUCUUCUCAGCAAUAAAGGUGCGUACAGUGUUUUGGUACUUACGUUUGUGUUCGUGUUUAGUAAGUUGUAAUUUUUUCUAAUGCCUACUUUUUGUUUCUCUUUUGCGCGGUGGUUGCGACUGGAUUUUGAGCGCAAGAGGAGGACAAACGUCUGUUGUUAG